GGUAUCUUAAGCUCUCCAGAGGUGAAGGAUGGGGCGUAAACUGGAUCUCUCUGGUCUGACGGAUGUGGAGGCUGAGCAUGUGAUGCAGGUGGUGCAACGGGACAUGGAGCUACGCAAAACGGAGGAGACACGGCUCAAAAAAAGUGUGGGACAUUGGCAAAAAGAAGCACAUUACUCGUCACGGUACUUUGGAGUGAGAAAAACAAUUUGGUUAAUGACUUUGUUUGGCACCACAAUUUUAUCUGACCGACAGAGAAGCAGUCUGGCCGCUCUAAUCUCUCACAUGUUGUUGAAAAUGCUUGUUUGCUGGUACAGGAAGUAGGAAUAAUGGCACAAAAAUUAAUUUGGAAAAAAACUAAAACAAACAAUGCCUAUUUGUUUCAUGCUUUUAGGCAUUUUAGGCUUUUCGGCACCUAGUUUGUAACUCAGAAAUGCAGAAACACACUGACAUCGUAUUUUAUGUAGUCACAAAAAGAGACUCUUCCCUUCAAAAUCUGAUCACAGGUUCUUACAGGAGACAUGCUUUAGAUGUGUGUUAAUGGCUUGGUGUGAAGAUCUGUCUUGGAUGUCCACUUGUACAGUAAUUCAAUCACUUAAGAAGGAUGUUAAUAUCAGGCAGACAAAGAGACAUUGCAAUAUAAUAUUACAGUUUGCAUUAGUUUUCCUCAACUCCAGGAAACUGAUUUUAUUUGUCCAAUUAAGAGCAUUGGGAUUGGUUAGCCUAUAUACUAUGUUAUUUUUGAACUAUACAACUCUAUAUUGAUUGUCAGGUAUUUUUGUUUCAUACUUUUGAAGUUCAAAUGAGUUAAACAGAAUAUCUAUUUGAAUACCUGUGCUAUUUCUUAAGCCCCACAAUUCUCUUUCACGUCCCUACAAAACCUUAAACCAUCUCAUUUUAUGCAGACAGCAUUUUUAUCUUCUCCCAAGUGUGUUCUGCCUGCAUGCAUCUAGCUUUUCAAUAUCCUCUCCGACACCUGGGGAGCAUCUCAGAAUUUCAAACAGGACUGAGUGAGUUAUCAGAGAAUGGAAGAGCAAAAAACAAGAUUAUUAGAAAAGACCCUCUGAAUAGAGGCAGGAAAAUACAGGGAUUUAAAAAGUAACAUUAUUUUUCUCAGGAGAUACAUCUUGUAGGAAAGUAUUUGUUUUGGCAAAGCAAUGAAAAAAAAAAGAAGAAAAACUGAGAACCAAUUAAAUGCAUUAUCAGGGCAUCAUAUAUCUGUUCUUAAAAUAUUUAACAUAACCCUUGUAGAUGUACUGAAAUGUGUAUAUGAUGCACUGUAUACUUUCUCUUCUUCGCAAUUAUUAAAAAAAAAUUAUAUCCAUUUUAUGUACUUUCCAAAUGCCCACUAGGACGUACUUAAGUACCCCUUGGGGCACACAAAGCCCUGGUUGGGUACCACUGAUCUAAAUCAGACUUGGGAAAAAAUCUAGAGAGACACCCUAGAGUCUGCCAUCUAUCCAUGCACUCAUCCAUGAUUUUCCAUUUCAUUAAAUCAAAGAUUUCAAACACAUGGCAGAAUCUGUCAGUUUUGUGAGGCCCCUGCUAAUCCAUUACAUGUAUGUAACUGCACACAGAACAUGGUGAAUCUGAGCAGACAAUUUGGCUUGUAGCACACUAUUCAGUGGGUCAUUUUGGCCUUAUACAAACAAUUAUGAUAGGAUUGUUUCCUUAAUUACAUGCUGAUUCAUUUACACUGCAAUUCAUACUAAAACUAUAUACAUAUUUGUGUGGCUUAUGUUUUAAGCUGUUUUCGUCAGCAUCUAAAUCUGAUUCCUCAUGAGGGUUUAUUUGAAUUAGAGAACUAGUUUCGUCUCAGUUCUGUCUGCGCUGAAUCUCCAUAGAAUGACUAGCAACUAUGCACUUAACAGAUUAAUAAACCCUGAUUAGUACAUGUUUUCUUGCAUUGCUCUAAAGUGAACCAUUCCCAGCAUGAACCGUUUGCUAUGUGUUAUUGUGUUGCAAUAACACUGCUGAUCUAUGUUAACAAGAUGUUCCAGGAAUAGGUCAUGUAAUUGCUACAUUGCUGGAGUCUUUGCGCUAUACUGUACAACACAACAGUAGAUUUGGUUUGAGAUUGAUUUCCCUUGUGUGUGAACCUCUCAAUCCUCAAGCAACAGAUGAGAUUGAAUUUAGAUUUAAUUACAAAUAUAUUUAAAUUUGUUAACACUUUAUUUUAAGGUGUCAUUGUUACACGUUACAUGUACUUACUAUUAUAAUAACAAUACAUUAUGCAUAAUUACAUGCAAGUAACCCUAAGCCAAAUCCUAACCCUAACCAUAUAGUAAGUACAUGUAGUUAAUUAAUAUUACUCAGUAUCUAAAGGUAUAAUUACUCUGUAACAAGGACACACUAAAAUAAAGUCUAACCUUAAAUUUAAGUCAAAUUAUGAAAUGCAUUUUAUUUUGUGAAUGUUUUAUGAAUUUUAAUUUAAAUGGUAAAAACCUAAACAAAACUAUAACAAAACAUUUUCAUGUUAUUAUGAAAAAUUGAUAAAUGGCCAGUAUUUGUCUAAAUACAUUCAAAACAAAACACUAAAAAUGCUAUACAUACAUUUAGGGCAUCACAACAACAUAAUGUAAAGAAUGAAACAAUGAUAUUACUGUUAAAAUUUGCUUUUUUAAAAAAGUUUUUUACAUGUACCAGUUAUUAAAUUAUUAGUUUAAAUAAAUAACCGUGCCUUUGCCAUAAUCUAAUGCUCACUUCAUCUAAGUGUAAAAAUUGGAGGAAAAAAAUCCACCAUCUAAUAAAUAUAUAAUAUCACCUGAUACACAUCAAAUAUUGACGAGUAAAACAGUGUCAUUUAUAUCAAACAUUAGAAACUCGAGUGCAUUAGAAACUUUACAAAGGAUACUGUAAAAUGUAUUAUAGAUAAAUACUGCAUAACAGGAAUGGGAAAAGAAGAGGAUAUGCUAAAUUGUGUACUGCAGUUGCAGAUUGUAUCUAAUUAUAUAUAACCUGUCAUUCAUGAUAGAUACUGGUGUGUCAGAUGACUUAGUAAAAAAUAUUGGCAUUGGUUGACCCCCCGUUCAUCACACCUGCGCCCAGUCUGGCUAUCUGGCAUGAGUCACUUAGUAGACCUUCGCUUGGAUCUGCAUCUACUGGCACAGGACGCCUCUGCUGCUCUCUGCCAACGGCUUGCUUUGUAAACAACAGACCAUGUUUCUGAGAACUCGGUGGAAAUGGCCUGCUGAGUAUCCAAUUAUAAGUUCAUUGGAGAGACCCCUGAUGGGGUAUCAUCACCGUGGGUGACUGUAGGGACAUGAAAUUGAUCCUGCUCAGGUCUGUAAGAAUUGUUCAGCUAUUAUCUUCUUUUGUGCUUUUUGGCUGUUACUUUAAAUGCAUCUUGCCACUGAUUCAGUCUAGACAAAUUGGUGGAAGGCUGUUCGUAAUCUCUGGUUUGUAUCUCUGUGGUCUGAAUGUCACAUUUAGAGAUUAAUCUACAAACUACAUGCAUCUUGGAUUUAGUGCAAGAGUUGUUUUUCACUGAUUUCAAGCAUAUGUAUGCACAAAAUGUCCCCAAAGGGAGGUUUUGGCACAAACUUAUCAGCAAACUAUUUCUGUGUGCACAUAGAUGCAAAAAUGCAGUGUUAUAAAUUUGUGUUUUCCAAGUCCACACUGUAAAAAAUCCAAUUAACAAAAUUUUGGAAGGGCAAAAAUAUUGAACUAAUUUUAUUUUAUAAGUUGAACUAAUUUUAUUGCUUGUGCUUAGUUGAAAAGACAUAUUACAUUAAGUCUGCACAAAUAUAUUUUAAAAACAUUAAACGAAUGGUUAUUUUCAAAUCCAGUCGCCAUUCAGAAUGCUAAAUGUUGACAAAACUAAUAAAAACAAAUCCAGCCAACACUGAGAUCAUUCCACACGUGCACGCGCCUGAGUGACUUCGCGGGAGAAACAGCGGCGCCAUCUUGUCAAGUUCACGCGUCAGGGUGUGGCCAAAGGUUUCAUUGGUGCUUUGUCAUCGUUGCAAGAUUUCAGAUGCAUGGCCAGUCAGAUCCAAGGCACCAAACACCAGACCGUUUCACUGCAACUACAUACCGUGUGUACUUUCAAGACUAGGAGUUUAUUGUUUUCAUUCCAGGUAAUAUGUGUAAAUGUUUAGAGUUUUUACUACAAUUAUAAUGUGCUUUAUUGUUCUCAGUGGCAUCUACGCUAAUAUUAGUCUGUUUCAUUCUUAUUCCGAGGUGAAUGUAGCCACCCAGAUCCAGUCCGUAUCCAGAUCAGAUGGUGGAUCAGGACCUAGAGACGACCUCUACAGCCCUGAAUGUCAGCAGAGACCAGGACAACUAGAUGAGAUGCAGAGACAGAUCCCCUCCGAAGACCUCGUUGACAAGUCAGACAAGUCCUCUGCUCAAUCUGACCUAUGUUUCAGUCUAGAAUUAAACUUUCAGAUUCUGUUGUUUAGCUUGUUUAGUUUUUUCUUAGGUCAUUAAACAAAGUUUAAACUGAAUUUUGCAGUUGUUUUACAGACUACUGGAGCUUUGAAGGGAUAGUUCACCCAAAAAUGAAACAGCUGUUAGUUUACUGACCAUCAGGCCAUCCUAGAUGUAGGUGACUUUUUUUUCUUCAUUCCUGUAUGUUUAGUUGUAUGAAAAAUGUUAUAAAUGGAGAUUGUUAUUAAAUAAAGGCUAUUAUGUGUUAUAAAAUGUGUGUGGUUUUAGUGAUUGAUAAACACCAGUUAAUCAUUUUUCAUAAUUUUUUUAAACUAUAAAAAUAUAUGUUUAUGUAGUUCCCCAGCAAUUUCUUAUGAUGCCCAAAUAAUAAAUCUUAGUUGAGGUAAUAUAUAAAACACAUAAACAGUUACAUUUUAAUUGACAUAACUUGCUGUAGUCUUCUAAAUGUUUGACCAAUUAAAACAUUUUAGUUGAAUGGACUAUAAAACUAGUUCACUAAAGGUUGAGCCAACUAAAAAAUAACAAUUCAGAUAACAUUUUGAAGUCAGAAAUGGACUGAACGUAAAAUUUCUGUGGAACUAGUUACUAAAUAAUUAGUUGAAACCGCUUAAACUUUUUUACAGUGCACAGGUGAAAACCAACAUCACUGUAAUGUAUUAUCCACCCUUGCAUGUGUAUUAUGUCAUUACAGUCUUUGUUUUCUUUCUUUUCCAUUUUUUUUCUUUCCUGUCUGUCUGUUUUUAAUCUGCUGAGAUUAUCCUCAGUUCCCCUCUCUCAGUAUUCACUGGAGCCGAUCCGUUCAAGCUGUGGCUCUAAUCAUUCGUAAUGAUUUCCUGUUGGCAUUGUUUGGAGAGACAAAGUAAACGCCACACCUCAAGCAGAGAUUUUCAAUACAAUGCUUCCUUUCUAGUUUUUCAUCUCUCUCUCCACUCUCAAUUGUCAGCUCCUGAGACACAGGUUUGCUUUUAUAACAGUAUGUAUCAUGACACAUUAUUUAAAAUGAUUUAAUUUUCAAUAUUAAAUAAAAAAAUUCAUUUAAACCAUUCACUUUUGUUUACUUAUGUCCUCUUUGUCCACAAUAUAUUUUGCAUCACAUUUUUAUUUGUUUUAAUUUUCUGCAUUCACACCUGUAAAUCACAGGAAACCACUGCCAUGAUGAUAUUAAGACCAGCAGCACAAUUGCUCUGCCAUCGAAGCAAAAUUAACGUUUUGCGCAUUACUGAAUGAAGCAGUGUUUUGAAUGAAUCGAUUCAGAUGAGUCUGUGAUUCAAUUAUUCACUCAUAAACACAGUGGCUUCAUCCGAAAUUGCAUAAAUCGCAUAAUAGUUGAAAAACAUUACGUGAACAGGGUAGUAUGUCCGAAUUCACAGCAUUGUGAGUUGGGAUGACCUACUAUUUCCGGUGAGAUUCUGAAGUAUGCAUUCAAUUGACACUUCACUAUCCCACAAGGCCACAGAGAGGAUGUGCGAGUAGCAGUGAAGCAACACUGGCUAUGUUUACAUGCAACCAAAUAAUCCGUUUGUAAUCGGAUUGACGGCUCAAUCGGACUGAUAAGGCUUCAUGUAAACACCUUAAUCGAUCCGAUUGAGCUCGAUCGGAAUGAAAUUUCGAUCGGAUUGAAGGGAGUGGUUUAUUCCUUUUCUAAUCCGAUUGCGCGUGCAUGUAAACACUCGAUCGGAUUGAAAACCGAAACUGAAAGGACUGCGCAUGUGCAAUAAUGCAGAAAUAGCGUAAUGACGUAUGAAGCGCGGAACGAGCGGUUCUUCCUUUUGAAUAAAGUGUUGUAUAAAUGCGUGUCUUGUCAUUAUAAAACUCUCCUUUCACUCGGCAUCUGUGAAGUGGAGCAGGACAACCUCCCACCAGUCCUUGUUUCGGAUUCUCAACCACAGGCAACCCAUUUUGUGCUCAGGGCGGGGCAUUUUUCUGCGUGAUAAAUAUGAGCAGCACGGCACGUGAGAUGAAGAAGGCACUGGUUGAGGAGGGCGGUCGGUCUGUUUUGCUGUCGCGGCAGCACAGGUUUAAUGAGCGCUGCUGCAUCCGCUGCUGCUCUCCCUUCACCUUCCUGCUCAACCCUAAACGUUCCUGCCUGGACUGUUGCUACAACGUCUGCAAGGGCUGCUGCACCUACAGUAAGAAGGACAAAGGUUGGCUGUGCUCCUCCUGCCAGAAGACCAGGCUACUGAAGACCCAGUCACUGGAAUGGUUCUACAGUAAUGUGAGAAGUCGUUUUAAAAGGUUUGGCAGUGCCAAAGUGUUAAAGAACCUCUACAGGAGGCAUGCGGCCGAGCGUGGAGCGCUAGCAGAGCUUACAGCAACGGAGGGCAGCACUUAUGAAGAGAGCGGCUGCAAUGAGAGUAGUAUGUAUGAGAGCGACUCCACGUUCUACAAGCAAAGUGAAGAGCACAGCAUGGCUGAUACUAUUAAGGUGGCACUGCGGGUGGCAGAAGAGGCCAUAGAUGAGGCCAUUGCUAAGGCUGAGAGCCAGGCUGACAGUCAAGAGAAGCAGAACGAAGCUCAUUAUUUGCGAGAGAACAGAGGAGAGCUGAUUGAGGAAUUGGCCAAAACUAUAGUACAGAAAAUUGUCCGCCGGAAAGAGGGUUUGCCUGAGAUGAAGUCUGGAUGUAAUCUGGACCAGAACAGUGAUGGAAUCUCUCCUGAUCAAACCCAGGGUGCCUUUGAUGCUUCUCUUUGGAGGUCUCACUCAGCUUUCUGUCUCUUGACUGAUGAGAAAACAGACCAGCAUUCUAACACUGGGUCAAGACUUUCAUCCUCUAUAAGUCAUACUCUGGAAACGAAGAAAGAAGAACCGAUGCCUGUUCAGGCCAUGCCUAGCUGGAGGAGUGUCGACCGACUGGACAAUUCCAUGUUACAGAGUCCUGAUGGUAACUGGAUUGCUUAUCAGAGCAACCUGCUCUCUCGACCAAGCCUUUUAACUAAGCGCAAAAGUCUGGUCUACAGCGUCUUGGAAAGGGAGUCUGGCGUGGUGUCAGCUUACGAUGAGAUGGGCUCAGAAACAGAGCCUGAAGCUAAUGGGGUCUGGGGCGCUGCACUGGAAGAGCUUCGGCGUAAAAUGUCUGCCAAUAAGCAGUUGAGUUACCCAGAGUCCUACAGCCGUCAAGCAACCUUGCCUUUGAACACACAAGCAGAACAUCUCACUGCAUACACCUUGGCUGCUGACACAGAGGACUCCACAGGACAAGAUGGGCCGCUACACCAGUCCCAGAAAACUCUGCUGCCCUUCUUGAAGAGAAAAGUGUCACUAGAACACAGGCGACCCUCAUCCACCUGGCGCCCAAACAUCAUGGAUAUAAAUUUCAAUCCAGGAGGGGCUGAAAGCAGCGAGGAUGGCCUAGAGGAAAGCAGGGUCAAGAGGUCACGGCGAAGGAGGAAAAAUAAGAGAGAGGAGGCAGAGUGGAAAGGACAGUCGGUAUUGUCUUCGGAUGUCCCGGAUUCCAGCAGCCACCUCUCAGAUGCUCUGGUGAAGAGACGCUAUGUGAAACAAGACUCAGACUUGCAUGGAAAAAGAUCAUGUGAUCAUAGUCUGGAAGCAGACACUUCAGACACUGCUACUCCUGACAUCUUGAGCUCUGGAGCCAUGACCCCUGAUCCAUUUGGACUUGGUCUCAAUGCUCCCAGCUAUUCCAAUCAUGGGGCCCUUGGUGUAGUUGGAUCUUUAGAUCAGGAGUUGACUACCAAACUGAAAGAACUGACCAGUCAAGUCAGAGAAACACAACUUUCUUCCACUGAUGAUGAACUGGACAGGUUGGAGUAUCAAACAGAGAAUGAAGAAGGUGAAGGUGAAGGUGAUUCAAAAGAAAGAUCAGAUGAAAUUGAAUCCACAAAUCAAGUGAGAUCAACUGAGAUGUUGAAAGAAGAUGAUCUGACUUCCAAACUGAGAGAAUUGACCAGUCAUGUCAGUGAGACACUACUUUCUUCCACUGAAGAUGAACUGGACAGGUGUGAGUAUGAGGUGCUGAUACAAUAUGACGAGAAAACACAAAACUAUGCAGAGAUGGUUGAAAAAGCAGAAGAAGAGAGAUCAGAGAAAAGGCAAAAUGACACGGGUGAGACCCAAAUGUCAGAAGAAAUGAGCUCUGUGAGCCAAAAACAGACACUUAAUGAGACAGAUGCACAAAAUGAGAUAGUUAGAGAGAGAACUGAAGAGUCAAAGAACAAGGGAGGAGUUCAUACUGAAGAGAAAAAUGCAGAAAUAAAAGAUUGUGGAAAUGCAGUUGAUGGUCAGCAGAACAGAGCUGAGAAUACAGAGACAGUUGAUCAUAUUGAGGAGCAGGAGGUGUUAUCCUGUGAACUGGCUUUGAGUAGACUGAUUAGUGAAGAUGGAAAGAUGGAAUUUGAUAGGAUCAUUAAUACUGUAGUGAAGCCUUUGGAUGAUAUGGAAGAACACAUAGAAGCUUACACUAGUGCGGGGGUAUUUUUAGACAGAGAGAGAAGUGAGGGAGAGAAACACGAGAUGAUGGAAGAGGAGGAGAAUGUAACUGAACAGGAAACGGAUGACAGGCCAAUAUCUGAGGGAUGCUUUGUUGGUGGAAAAUCGAAGGAGCUGCAGGAAAAAGAAAUGAAGGAAGAGGGCAAGAUCAAUGAAGUUGUGGCACUAAAGAGCAACACGGAAUAUACCAAAGAGACAGAAGACAAACAAUGCAGUAAAUCAUCAGAAGAGAGAGUUCAAGAGAAGGACGGCAACAGUCAAGGUGACUUGACUGAAAACAGGGAGAAACAGAGGGACCUCACAAUUCAACACAGCACCCCAUCUGGUCAGGAGGAGUAUCUGUCACCGGAGGAGAUCUACAAAGAUGCACACAUACUGGACAUAGAGAAAAACCUACAUUUAAUCUCCAAUAUACUACAGCAGAAGUACUCAGCGGUAUCACUGCGGAGCAUCACCACAGAGGUGCUAAAAGUACUGAACGCUACAGAGGAUCUGAUUCACGGAUCUGUGGGAGAUGGACGAUGCCAGUCAGACCACAGUGACGUCUCGAUCAUUCCCCCUGAUGAGGCCAGAAGACUGGAUGAGCAGCUCGGCAGACUGGAGGAGAAUGUGUAUGUGGCAGCAGGUACAGUGUACGGUCUUGAGGCUGAACUGGGGGAUCUGGAGGAGUGUGCGCGCUGCAUCAGUGGAUCCACCACUGAAAGACAGCUCGCUCAUCUGGAGGACCAGGUGGCCUCUGCAGCAGCCCAGGUGCAGCAGUCUGAGCUCCAGGUUUUAGACAUUUCCUCAAGAAUUGCUGCUCUGAAAAAUGCAGGUCUUAAUGUAACUCCACAGACCCAAUUUACCAAGGUCAAGACUCCAAAAACCAAGACACAAACCAUUGGCUCAUCUCGGAAACUGAGGCGGCGACUGCCAGCACCUCCAAAACAAGAUAAAGAAGCAUAAAGAGGAUAGUGGGAUACAUCAGCAAGCAUCAUCACAAAGUUAAAUAACUACAAACUUAAAAAAGCCACUGAUCACAUGUGCCUUGAAGCUCAUGGCUCAUAGAUAAGAUUUUAUGGACUCAAGAUCUGGCUGACAGAUUCAAAUAAACUGAUGUAUCGCCCAUGCAGUGAUGCCAUUUUACACAAACUAAUAACUCUUGAUUGCUUUAUUACCUCUCUCCCCUCAUAAUAAAUAAUGAAGUAAAAUAAUGUAAAAUUAUACUAUGAUGUGGAGCUUUGUUUUGGCAUAUUUGACCAUUACUGUGAAUCAAGAUCAUCAUUUAAUUAAGCCUUUAAUUUAAAAAAAUAAUAAUCUUGUAAAAGGAAGUAAUGGGAUAGUUCAUCAAACAUGAAUAUUCUGGCAUUAUUUACUCUCCCGAUGUUGAAAACCAAACGGUUUUGCUUACCACUGACAUCUGUUAUAUGAAAAAAAAAAAAAACAUUUAAGGCAUUUCUCCAAAUUUUUAUUUUAUAUUCCUUAGAUGAAAGAGAUGGUGAACUGUCCCUUAUAUAUAUUAAAGAUAUAUAGAUUAAUUUGAAUUCGUGGCCAAAUAUUUUCUGUAUUAAUCUUUCUGAUUGAUUUAUCUGUCAGAUUUAGAGUAGAUUAUACUAGCCAUGUGUCAGAUAUAUUAAUCAUGCAGAACUUUAUUCAUGCUGAUAAUAUAAAUUUAUGAUGUUAGAUUUGAUAAUAGAGAAGUUUACAAACUAUUGUAAAGACAUUGAUUUAUUGUAAAGUGUAAAUGAACUGUGUAAAUUAAUGGAUUUUUUUGUUUGAUUAUAUUUCAAUUAUAGUACAUUUUUGUACACAGA